GCUAAAAUAGCCCACAUGUUGGCUGUUUGUUAUCUUCUAGAUUCUUGAAUACAUAACACAGCUUGAUUGAGUAUUUUCGCUAUACAGGUUUUCUGGCUAUACGAGUAUUGGGUUUUACUUCUUCAUCGUUCUUCUUUUUUUGGAAUUAGAAAUUGCCUUGGAAAACCAGUUUCUCGAGACUGCGAAAAACGACCCUUAAAACUCGAAGGCAUAUAACAAAAACAAAGAUAAACCAUCAUGAAUGCACCGGAUAGGUUGGUUGCUUCCUUCUUGCUGUCACAUGUCCAGCAUCAUCUUGCCAGACACCAAAUAGGUUGUCGGUGAUAUAAAUGAUGUUUUCUCUUCCCAAUUGUCACCUUUCUCAAGACUGCAAUACACUUCCAACGCUUUUCGAUCUGGAGUUUGUUUCUACAUAUCAAUCCAUCAAGCAUCGUCAUUUUGUGUGUUCUCUCACCGCGUCAUACCUUACCGAUGCCUUGGACCCAGAAAGGCGACAGCGCUGGGGCACCGUGGAACGGAUCUCGAUACCGAGAUGCUUCCGCUCCCCCCCCUGGUGGGAAUGUGCCAGCGAAGUAUCUAACUCCCAUUUAUCUAUUUAAAUUUGAAGACUACCUUGACUGUCCUUUCAUUUUCGUCUCGAGACUGCAUCAAAUCCUUUCAUUGCUUGGCUUCCUGCCCAUCCAUGGAUUGUCAAGACGUGUACUAACAGACUACCCGCACAGAACUGAAGCUUUUAUUCUUGGAGAAAACGAGAAAAAGAUUGAAGAGAAGGCAGAUACCCGGACUCCGUCUACUUCGAUUUUCACCAUCAACAAAGAAGACCACACUAUUGGCAAUCUGCUCCGCUCUCGCCUCUUGCAGAACCGGCAUGUCACCUUUGCUGCCUACAAGGUGCCCCAUCCUUUAAAUCACAAACUCGAACUUCGUGUACAGACCGAUGGCCAGAUCACGCCCAAAGAUGCUCUACUUGCAGCCUGUCAUGACACAGUGAAAGACCUUGGGACACUCUCUCGCGAGUUUACUAAGGAAUUCGAACUGCGAAAGAUGGUUGGGGCUGCGCAGGGGCAAAACGGCCCUCAAGACGGGCAUUAGGAGCGGAUCGAGUACUUUUAAUUUGAAUGUCUCCCUGGGUAUCUGAGCUGGGGCGUUUUCGGCGUCUGUUCAUGGCGUUUCAUUCGUGCAGUAGAUAGGUAAAAAGGCUGAUUCAUGGUGUUCAUUAUUUGUACGAGUUUAGCGUAAUGUCCCUUAGAAAGCUAAGAGUGCUGCACGUCUCCUGGUCUUGUGGAAGAACUUGCUUGGACAUCACCACCUGAUAGUUAUGUGUAGGCGAAGUAAAAGAUCCCAGGUUCCCCGCCUAUAAACACAUAUACCGAUUGUAAUAUAAUUUGUCGAUAUAUAUUUAGGAUUAGGAACUUACUUCAUGUUGGUAAAGCGGG